AUUGUGUCAGAUGCCGCUGACAAGGGGGUUGCCAUCACUGGGAACAAUACCUUCAACAACUGGAACUGGCCUAACGCUGUGAUCUUUGCUGCUACUGUGAUCACUACAAUCGGUUACGGAAACGUUUCUCCAAAGACAUCCUCUGGGCGUCUCUUCUGCAUAUUUUAUGGGCUCUUUGGAGUUCCUCUUUGCUUGACGUGGAUCAGUGCUCUGGGGAAGUUCUUUGGAGGACGUGCCAAGAGGCUGGGCCAGUUUCUGACUAAAAGAGGAGUAAGCCUGAGGCAAGCACAAAUUACAUGCACAGCUAUUUUCAUUGUUUGGGGUGUCUUGGUCCAUCUGGUUAUUCCUCCCUUUGUCUUUAUGGUGACUGAAGGAUGGGAUUACAUUGAAGGCCUCUAUUUCUCAUUCAUCACUAUCACCACCAUAGGAUUUGGAGAUUUUGUUGCUGGUGUAAAUCCAGACGCAAACUAUCAUGCCCUUUACAGAUACUUUGUGGAGUUAUGGAUCUAUCUGGGACUAGCUUGGCUUUCACUUUUUGUUAACUGGAAGGUCAGUAUGUUUGUGGAAGUCCACAAAGCAAUCAAGAAACGGAGGAAAAAAAGAAAAGAGUCAUUUGACAAUCAUCCUCGGCCUAAAAAACCCCUUCAAAUGGGUACCCCAAAGGAUGUCAACAUUUUCAGCUUCCUUUCAAAGAAGGAAGAGACCUACAAUGAUCUUAUAAAGCAAAUUGGGAAGAAGGCCCUGAAGACAAACAAUGACAAAAUGAUUAUAGUAGAGAACACCAAACAAAUGAAUGCCAGUAUAGGUGUUCAGGUGACUUAUACGAAGACAGAGUCAUUUGAGUAUGAUGAGGCUUCUCUGGACGUUCAGAAUGGUCAUGUACUGAGACCCCUGCACGAUAAACGCAUUGGAGACAACCCUCUAGAAGGAAGCAUGUUUGUAAACCAGCUGGACAGGAUUACUGAAGAAGAAGGUGAAGUGUGGGAUUCCAGAGACUAUCGACCAUUAAUAUUUGAGAAUGCCAAUAUAACAUUUGUAAAUGAAGAUGAUGGUGAAGAGGAAGAUAUCUCAGAUGAGGAAACAUCAAAAUCCUCCAUGGAUGAUAAUCUUGCAGAGGAAUCUGAAACUGCAAAAAAACUGGUAAAAUUCCCAUCCUCUGAUGAAUCUACCUUUACCAAUAAUGAGCUAGAACUUUCUGUGCCUUAUGAACAGCUGAUGAAUGAAUAUAAUACAGUAAGCAUUGUGAAGGCUGCCACGUGA